AUGUUGUCGAGCCCAAGCCUCUCGUGGCAGAAGCUUCAUGAUGUCUAUUACAGUAUACGAACAUGUUAUGACCCGUUGAACUGGCCAAUUGAAAAUCUCCAUGCAAACUACCGUGUGGCGGUAUCGACCCACACAACGCUAAUAGCACUAGCAGCUCGAUCUGCUCAGUACCCCAAUGUGAUUGACGUUUACUCAUUAAGCGGUAACAAGAUAUGGUCCGUCAUCUUCAAUUCCACCCCACAAGAACACAUAAUUGAUUUUGCCUUCCGAGACGAGGACCUUGUGGUUGUUCUCAGUAGCGGCAAGUAUAGAUUAUACACAGACUUCGAGGGCACUUUCAAUGAGUAUAGCUAUACGGAUAAUCUUUCUAAGUUGAAUAAUCAGCAUGACCAGAAGGGCCAGAAAUAUGUGAUCACUAAUCUCGAGAACAACGAGACAGAGGAGAUAUUUGACGCUCUAGAGGCCCAAGUGUGGGGUCAAUUACUUGUCCUUCGGCACAGAAAUAGGAUUAUAUUUUCAGAAUUGACCACGUUCCAGAACUAUGACCUUUUAUUGGACCACAUGGACUUGGCAGAAGUCAAUGGCAUCACUUUUCUCUCCACAAAAGACCUGAAAACAGAUUUUUUGUUGAGUUAUGCCAAGACAAUAUACACCGUGAAGCUUGACUUCCUCGCUUCCACCUCGGAGUUCAUUGACCAAAAGCUCACCGAUGGACCUUUCACGAAGGUCUCCGCGUCUCCCAGCGGAUCACUAAUAUCGAUAUUCAAUGAGAAAAGCUCCAAAAUUUACGUUGUCAGAAAACUCUUUGACAAAGUCUUGCUCGAGUUUGAUACAUCCAACGAAUCUAGUGCACCCUUCAUGAUCGAAUGGGCCGGUAACGACGCAAUAAUUUUGUCCUUGCGGGACGAAAUAAAACUCAUAGGACCCAACCAGAUAUCCAUCUCAUUUUUCUACGAUAUAGUGGAUCAAGAAGAGUUCGACCUAAAUCGACUUCCGAAGGAGACUCCAGACUCAAACAUCUCAUUCACAAUUCCAAUAAUUAAGACCGAGCCGGAUGGAUUGAGAAUAAUUACCUCCAAGAAGGUGGAAUUUCUUUCUCGUGUCCCACAAUCGUCUAUAAACAUCCAUCUGGUGGGCUCGUCACAUCCAUCCUUGAUUCUCCUUGAUUGUGUUAGCAAAUUGAGAGAUCAUUCUUCCAAAGCGGACACAAAUAUCUCAUUCUUGAAAAGCGAGAAUACGCUCAGAGAGGCAAUGUCUGGCUGUUUGGAUGCCGUUUUACACGAGUUUGAUGUCCAAUGGCAAAAGGCGAUUUUGAAGGCAGUGUCCUUUGGAAAGAUUUAUGAUAAUGAUUACUAUAAUGCGGAUGAGUACCUAAAGGUGGUAAAUAUUGUGAAGGUAUUGAAUCAACUUCGAUAUCCAGAGUUUGGUCUUUUCCUUACGCAUCGAGUCGUGGAGCACAUUGGUUGGGAAACGGUCAUCAAGAUGCUCUUGAGAAGACAGGCACAUUUCUUGGCCUUGAAAGUCAUCUCGUUGCUUCGCUUGAGUGACCUCACUGACCUAGUGUACUCGCAUUGGUGCUGUUGCAAAAUAAAGAAGGAACGAUCCAUGUCCGACUAUGAACUCUUCAGGAUUAUUGCCAAAAAACUAAUUUCAUAUGAAAAACAAAAGCCAGGUAAUACCAAAAGGAACCAUAUAUCAGUACUAGAGAUAUCCAAUGUCGCUUAUCAGGAGGGCAGACUCGAUUUAUGCAAACUACUUAUCACACUUGAGCCAACCAUGUUAGCAAAAUUGAAAGAGUAUUUGAUGAUUGAAGAGAUUGAGCUAGCACUUGUGAAAACUUUUCAGGCAGGUGACCUUGAUUUGUGUCGCCUUCUUUUAUUGCAUUUUCAGGAUAGCCUUCCCAAAUUGCAGCUUUUCAAGUUAUUGAACCAAAAUGAGCAAAGCGGUUUGCUUCGAGACACUUCUGCUAGACAACUUCUAAACGACGAAGAUAUCAAGAUUAUACUUCAAGAUAAUCUAUUUAUCGGUGGAGAUCUCAUUGGAAACUUUUGGGUUCAAAAUAUGGCAAAACAUAAUGCUAGCAUGUUGGACUCGUACUAUAAGCAUGAGAGUAAGUCUUUGGAGAGAAGCAUUGCUAAAGUAAAGAAAUUUUUGACGCAGGAAAAAGAUGUCGAAAAUAUCAACUAUGAAGAAGUGUACCAGGUACACAAACAAAAACUUCAUACACUUCUUAGCCACCAGAAAUACUCGACAAUUGUGCAGAAAGAGCUAGGGGUUCUCGAACUUAAAAAAAAAUUGUCUGAAAUGUAUCAAACAUCUUUUUUUGGAGAGAAAUCGCUUACUGAUGUGCUCGUCAAGCUUAUUAAAAUGCAUCAAAUAAAGAUUGCAAACAAGGUGAUAAAGGAGCACAAGGUUCCCCAGGAAAAGCUUUGGUAUUUGGUACUCGAACUCUACUGCAGAAUGAAUGAGUUUGAGCGUCUUCAUAAGUUCAUCACUGGAAGUAACAGUGGCCUGAAGCUAAAGUCACCCAUCGGUAUGGCUGUCAUCGCCGAAACCUGUAUAACAUAUGGUGCUCCAAAAGCAUAUGUGCUGGUCUACAUCAAUGCAAUCACCGAUGCACCAUAUGGAAAAAUUGUUGAACUUUAUUUGCAAAUUGGCGAAUUCAGUGAGGCUGCUGAGGUAGCCUUCAACAACAAAGACAGUGCAAGCUUGCAAGCGAUAUUAAAAAGAGCUCGUGGGUUGGAUAAUUCAACUAUUGAUGAAAUCAAGAGCUACAUAUCGCGCCUCUGA